GAGUUCUUGGGCCACGGCAUAAUCGGAGGGUGGGAGCAAGGAACCAAAAACAUCAUCAGAGGAUGUGUCCCAAGAGUCCCGGAAAGUCCAGAAGCGGCUGAAACGGCUCCUCAUUUCAGACAGAAAAAACGAACCAAUGACAUCAAACCAUUCUUGGUGCUUCCUCGGAAUGCUCAGUGCCCGCCGCACGUUGGAAUCUUCUUGUCUCUGUUUCCUCCUUUUCGUCUCCGACCCACUUCGCGUUUGUGCAAUUUUUUCUCAAAUUUGACUUCGAACGUCCUUCUUGCGCGACGGCGAUUGAUGGGUCUUCCGUAGGAGCGCAAUCUUGAUCUUGGGUCUCGCUCGCCAUGUACGCAAUGAGACUCUCUCCCUCUCUCGAUCUCGGGAGCCCCAAACCCGGCGUACCCCCGCGCGACCCGCCGCGGGACUCGCUCCGGUCCUCCUCGAUCGUUCGCUCUCGGGCGCUUCCCGUCGCAUUCGGUCGUGUGAUGGUGCGUUGUUCGAGUUUGGAUUGUGCAGUUCAGAGGAGAAUUUCAGCUCUCGGCGCGGUCGGCCAAGAUGGGCACACGUUGAAGGAGGAGCUCGACGACUCGCCCGUGUCGGUCGAACUGGAGCCGAUUUGCAGCGAGAGCCAGUUCGAUCGGGUCGUGGCCGAGGCCCAACAGCUUGAGGAAUCGGUUAUUGUGGUCUGGAUGGCAAGCUGGUGCAGAAAAUGCAUAUAUCUGAAGCCAAAAUUGGAAAAGUUGGCUGCUGAUUACUAUCCAAGAUUGCGCUUUUACUGUGUUGAUGUCAACAAAGUUCCUCAUAAGCUGGUUGCUCGAGCAGGUGUCAAUGUAAGUCCAAAGCUUUGGCAGCUGUGGAAGGAUAGCGAGAAGCAAGCUGAAGUGAUUGGUGGCCACAAAGCAUACCUAGUCGUCAAUGAAGUUCGUGAAAUGAUUGAAAAUGAGUGUACAGCGUGAAGUACGAAAAAGAGGCAAUUCUUUUUAUGCAAUUCUGUCCACAGGAUUCAUUUCAUUAGGUUCGAUAUAGAAAAUGAAUGCCGGGUGUCAACUACUUGACAGAACCCUCCCCUCUUCCUUUAUCCGAGCUUAGGACCGGUAUUGGAAGAUAAAUCCUGCCCGGGCAGAUUGUAGUUUCUGUCUAUAUAUUCGUCGAACUUGUCAUCGUUCUUACUGCAUUUCCACAGGGGAUAUAAAUGAGGAUUCUCUA